CUUGGCUCUAACAUCACUUUGAUGCUAAUUUGAAUGGGAAAUGUGUCAUUUCGGGUGAUUACAAAAGGGAUCUUAUCAGCAGGCAGCCAGGCAGGCAGGCAGCCUCAGUUGGGGACGACAAAUUGAAACAUUUUUCAUAAGUGUAAUGGAGAUUUUUUGACACUUCAUUUAUUCAAUUUUCCAAAGUGUUCCACCCCAGAUAUUAAUUGGCUUUUCCCUGUCCGACAACAGCAAUUAGCCAAUUACAAAACACCAGCCACUGAGAGAACCUGUGGUCACUUUCAGUAAUCGCACAAAUGCCGGCAGAACUGCACGCCGCUUCGUUGCUUCACAUGAGGCGACUGAUGAAGUGCUUGGGAAUGCUGCCUUUUGGUCAGAAUCUCUGCGCGAAAGUGUUCUGCUAUGUACUGCUCUUUAUAUCGCUGGUAUUUUCGAGCUACUGGCGCUUCAGCUUCGACUAUGAACUGGACUACGAUUUCCUGAACGAUCGAUUUUCCAGCACCAUCGACCUGAGCAACUUUGUUGCCCUAGUUGUGGGUCAUGCGAUCAUCGUAUUGGAGCUACUGUGGGCAAACUGCAGCAAGGAUGUGGAUAGGCAGCUGCAGGCGGUCCACAACCAAAUCAAAUUGCAGUUGGGUACACUGGAUAAGACGGAUCGUGUGCGGAAAUACUGCAAUUGGAUCUACGGAUCCCUAGUCGUACGAUGGCUAAUAUUUAUCGUAGUGACUGUGUACAGUGAUCGCGCUCUUACCUUAUACGCCACAUACUCGGAAUUGGUUUUGCUGGCUCGCUUCUCCGAGUUCACACUGUACUGUGCUGUGAUUUUGUUUCUUUAUCAAGAACUCAUCGUCGGCGGGUCAAAUGUCCUGGAUGAGCUGCACAGAACCCGAUUUGAGAUGUCGUCCAUACGCCGUUUGUCACUGCAGAAGUUGGCCAAGUUGCAGGCAAUCCAUAACUCCUUGUGGCAGGCUAUCCGGUGUCUGGAGAACUACUUUCAACUGAGCCUGAUCACCCUGCUCAUGAAGUUCUUCAUCGACACCUCUGCAUUGCCCUACUGGCUCUACCUCAGCAGAGUUCAGCACACACAAGUGUCCAUCCAGCACUAUGUCGCCAUGGAUGAGUGCAUCAAACUACUGGAAAUUGUGGUGCCCUGCUAUGUCUGCACACGUUGCGAUGCAAUGCAGCGAAAGUUCCGGUCAAUGUUCUACACAGUCACCGCAGAUCGACGUAAUAGUCAGCUAAAUGCGGCUUUGAGAAGUCUAAACCUGCAGUUGAGCCAGGAGAAAUAUAGGUUUAGUGCAGGCGGAAUGGUGGACAUAAACACAGAAAUGCUGGGAAAGUUUAUUUUUGGAAUGAUCAGCUACAUUGUGAUCUGCAUUCAGUUUAGCAUCAGCUUCAGCGCCAAAAGCCUGAAGACAGUCGCCCAAAACAGCACAUCCACAAGUGCGCCCAUUUAAAUGACCUCUUCGAAUCGAUUAUUGUUGGCCAGUCUGGUCGCGUGCUUAUUAAAUUAAAGUCAAUUAACCUAAUUAGCUAAAUUGAUGUCUGCCCGUGCAUAAUCAAAAAAAGGACAAGAGGCAAUCAAGGCAGCAGCGAGCAACAGCAGCUGGCCGAAAGACUACUUCACAUAAUUAUUCAUGCUUAAAAAUUCUAUUAUAAACUUUUGCCAACGGCCACUGACCGUUCGUGUAGGACUCAGGACUCGGGACUAAGGAUGUAUCCUGGGGAUACUUGGGCUUGUUGGCCACGCACGGCCAGUCUGUCAGGGCUUCAUACGUAAACUAAUGUAUCUGUAAGAUACACUUGUAAAGUCGCUUGUGUCCAUUAAACCCCAUUAAAAGGAGAGAUAUAAAAGAAAUCUUCAGCAGAAACGCAUUAAUAAAUGAAGGAAUAUUUACUGGUGUGUCAGCUUUCUG